AUGGCCAAGAUGGCGUACAGUCGUCAGCUGUUGUGGCAGAAGCAUCAAAUAUUACUCGAAGAGAAGUUACAACGCAAGAGACGUCGUGGUAUGUUAGUCUCACGUAAGGCAUCUGCAUCCGUUCCAACGCUCGCAUCGAUUAAUUUUAAUAGUAACGACAAUAAUUCCAACAAUAAGCAGGUUAGUCACGCCAUUAUUGAUAGUUUGGUAAUUAAUAUUGUUUAG